AGAGCCGUCUGCUCUUAAGGCAGGUCUGGAGGUGAACCACACCUCCCCGUACUCCAUACCUGGACUUUGAGCAGCCUUGGUCCCAGGCGCCAGGAGUGAACACCGCGAUCUGCCUGCCCGGACUCCAGAUUCUGGGAGCUCCUGGUUGGCAAGUAACAUAUCUGGGGUGUAAGUGAGGCUGGUUUGAAGCUAGAGGCAAACAGACAGCCACCGCCCCCACCAUGUCACAAGUGAUGUCCAGCGCCCUGCUGGCAGGAGGCCAUGCAGUCGGCUUGACUCCCUGUGAAGAACCCAGGAGGACCCUGCACCCAGCACCCAGCCCUGGCCUGCCACCCCAAUGUCCUUACUACACCACAGAAGGCUGGGGAGCCCAGGGCCUGAUGGCCUCCACGCCUUUCAAGGGGCCCCCCAGCAGGCUCCAGCAGGGCCCAGAAACUGGAGCCAAAGCCAGCCGCCUCCUACAGUUGCCCGCUGAGCAGACCUCGGGGACCCUGGAGGACCUCAACUCCUACAUUGACUUCUCACUGGAGAGCCUCAACCAGAUGAUUCUGGAACUGGACCCCACCUUCCAGCUGCUCCCCCCAGGAACUGGUAGCCCCUGGACUGAGCCCACCCAGAGCACUACCUCAAGGAAAAAGAAAGAUGACGCUGAAGCCUUGGACAUAAAGUACAUCGAGGUGAGCUCCACCAGAUCAAGGGGUCCUGAUGGCCCCCAGUGCUGCUCCAACCCAUCUGCCACCCCGCCCUUUGGCUCCCCACGCAGUGGUGGCCUCCUCCUUUCCAGAGACAUCCCUCGAGAGACCCGAAGCAGCAGUGAGAGCCUCAUCUUCUCUGGGAGCCAGGGCAGGGGGCACCAACGCACCCCUCCUCCUUCAGGGGCUCCCUCUUCCCAUCCUUCACCCUCUCCCAGCAUCUCCAUCCCCUGCAUGAGGAGCAAGGCCUCGGGCUCCCACGGCUUGGGAUCCCCACUGGCGGCUUCUCCGGGCUUGGAGAAGGGGCUGGCCCCACAGCGAGGCAGCCGGAUCUCUGUGCUGUCAGCCAGCCCAGUGUCCAAUGGCAGCUAUGUGUUCGGAAGCAGCCAGUCCCUCAUCCACUCCAGCGUUUCCAGCCAUCAGUCAUCUUCUAGAUCCUUGGAAAGCCCAGCCAGCUCUUCCUCCAGCCUCCACAGCCUGGGCCAAGUGUCCCUGUGUACAAGAGCCAGCGACUCUCAGGUCCCCGGCAAUCCCACCCCAAGCAUGGGCCAACCCAGAACAACUCAUUCCCCGCCAGCGGCCAAGGAGCAUGCCAGCAGCUGUCCGCCAUCCAUCACCAACUCCAUGGUGGACAUACCCAUCGUGCUGAUCAAUGGCUGUCCAGAACCGGGGUCUCCCCCCACCCAGCAGAUCCCAGGACACCAGGACUUUGUCCGACCUGGGGCCACUUCUUCCAGCAACUCUUGUCCAGCCACCAGGAGCCACAGCCAGACCCUGCCAGAUGCCUCUCUCACCACACCCUCGGAGGGUCCCACCAGGGACAUGCAGCCCACCAUGAAGUUUGUGAUGGACACAUCUAAAUACUGGUUUAAGCCAAGCAUCACCCGGGAACAAGCAAUCGAGCUGCUGAGGAAAGAGGAGCCCGGGGCUUUCGUCGUGAGGGACAGUUCUUCCUACCGAGGCUCAUUUGGCCUUGCCUUGAAGGUCCAGGAGGCCGCUGCUCCUGCCGCGAACCGGUCAGGUGAGGACAACAACGACCUCAUCCGCCACUUCCUCAUCGAGUCUUCUGCCAAAGGAGUGCAUCUCAAAGGAGCAGACGAGGAACCCUACUUUGGGAGCCUCUCUGCCUUUGUGUGCCAGCAUUCCAUCAUGGCCCUGGCCCUGCCCUGCAAACUCACCAUCCCACAGAAAGAAUUGGGAGGUGGAGUCUCCUCGGACGCUACAGACAGCCGGGCCUCCUGCCUGAAGAAAUCUGCAGGCUGCCAUGCCCUGUACCUGACCUCUGUGAGCGUGGAGACCCUGAGCGGAGCCCUGGCCGUGCGGAAGGCCAUCUCAACCACCUUUGAGAGGGAUGUCCUCCCCACACCCACUGUGGUCCACUUCAAAGUCACUGAUCAAGGCAUCACCCUGACCGAUGUCCAGAGGAAGGUGUUUUUCCGGCGCCAUUACCCCCUCACUACCCUCCGCUUCUGUGGCAUGGACCCCGAGCAACGGAAGUGGCAAAAGUACUGCAAGCCUUCCUGGAUCUUCGGGUUUGUGGCCAAGAGCCAGACAGAGUCACAAGAGAAUGUGUGCCACCUGUUUGCGGAAUACGACCCGGUCCAGCCAGCCUCCCAGGUCAUCAGCCUCGUGCGUACCCUGCUGCAGGACACAGAAAGGAUGUAGAUGAAGGGAGCUGCCCACGCACCUUCCCGGACAUCCCAAGGGGGCUGGAACCCCUGAGCCGGAGCUAAUCUAUUGGACUGGAGGAGAGCGGUACCAAGUGAAAUCCUGGAAACCCUAUGACCAUCAGCAGUGACCUUCAUCCAGACCCAGCUGUCUCAGUUUCCUCAACCAUAAAAAGAGGCCAAUAGACAGGACCAGCUAUGCUUCUCAGACUUUGAUGAGACCUUAACAAGCUCCCUGCAAUUCGGAAGCAUGCCCUCAUCUGAGGACCCCGCAUGGAAACAACUUCUGAGGACGCCUGCCUCCGUCAGCUGGGACACUACCAACACAGCACAGAGUUAGAGACCUGCGACUCUCUGUCAUGGUGAACAGCAGGUGCUGGGUCAGGACCCAUGGGCCCCUCACCCAAGGCUGACCUGGGAGAAAUGAUAUGCAAGGAUCGACCGAAGGAUGGGUAGAUGGACUCUAUUCCCCUCCAGAUCUGUUCCUUUCCCCAUUCCCAUAAUGGCUUCUUGGGCAGCUCUUCCCAGGACAAAGCAGAAUCUGUCUGCCCCGGACUCUUUAGGCCAAUGUGGCCAUGGUUGUCAGGGCAGUUUAGCAAGGGAGAACUUGUCCCCAAGAUCAGAGACCACCCAGCUGCCCUCAAGUUCUUGAGGUCUAACCCCCACCACUGCAAAUGAGGACCAGCCCCAUCUUUUCUCUCAAUUUUUUGGUAAGCAAGUGUCCCCCCGCACGCGUCACAAAGGCCCUCAUGCUGUCUAUGUAACACACAGGAGGCAGGUAGGGGCAGGGAGACCCCACACACACUCUCCGGAGCAGACACAAAGACCAGCUUUCUCUGGUUCUGCCUCAGUUCCAGACCUGCUGAUUGCCCCCUACUCUCCAAAACACACACAUAGACACACAGAGAGGCCCAACAGGAAGGCAUCUACUGUCCUUACAGCCACACGGGGGCAGCAGAGAGUCAUGAAUGCGUGCAGACAGCCAACUCAAGAAGUUUGUUGGAGAAGCUGGGCGGUCUUUCCCCCACCCCCACUUCCAUCAAGAUUCCCAAGAAGCUGGAAUCAUUUGUGCAACAGGUCUGGGGUCCUAGGUAAACCAUACCAUGAGGAUGGAAGAGGAGGCUCAGAGAAGAAGCCCACUUUUGUUCUACAAGGAGCAAGUGCCCGCCCCCUCCCAGCUGUAGGCCCUGCCACCCAUCGUUAUCAUUAUCUUUGGCCAAAGUUGGGUCUGACAGAUUGUGAUUUCAAUCCAGGAAACCAAAACAGACUGAGGCUGCCCUGGGCUGGCGCGACUGGCUGAGAGAAGCCCACUCAGUCUGUGCUCAGGAACUGUCCCAUCCCUGGAGAGUAGAAAGCACUAGACAGGUUCUCAAAGUCAUAUUCAGGAGGUGGGCAGAGAGCCCCCCUUUUACCCAUGGGUGCCUGUGUAGUUCCCGUGGAGAAUAAAGAGUCUGUCUUGGCAUAACAA